AUAUCCGACGUCUAUCAUCUUUUUCGUUCUCUCCAUCCUCUUUUGUCCAUUGUUUCAAGAUGCGAAAGCUUCUCACCAUCUCGAUCCAGGUCACCAACUCGUUUUCCUAUCACUUUCACCUGGCUUGAUCCUCGAGCGGGAGGCUUACCGCCCAUCACUCAGUCUCGAAGCUAAUCACAAUCCGAUGAUGGUGAUGAACCCAUUAACUGCAACUUUUCUUGCCGCUCUUAUUGGCACGGCUGCAUCAGCUUCAUGUGGUUCUUCUGGGAUCCCAUUCCGUUUUGAAGUUCUUCCAUCCGGACAACCAGUGCUCGGAUGUGGAUCUCCAACUUGUUUUGGAGCUGAAAAUGGAGGAAGAGACUUGAGACAUGAUUCUAGUUUUAUGGCAGGUGCUGACGGUGAUGAUGGAUUUUUCCGUGAUGGAGAUCUUGCACGUGUUCGUGUCCGUGAUCCAGAUGCUCCAGCUCAAAUGGCAAACUGUCCACGUGAAUUCUCAUCUUCCAGCUGCUCCAAUCCAAUGACUUGGGUUGGAGGAUUCAAGGCUAGUGAUAACGGAGACCUUUCUCUUCAAUGCUGUCAUUAUGAAGGGCUUCGAUUUGCUCAAGAAGUUGGGCGCCCAGUUGUUCAUCCAGGAGAGGUAUAUUCUGGAGGAGAAGUUCUUCGUGAUGGCCGUCAAACUGGAUUUGAUGCUAUUUCGAAUGUGAGAAAAAUAACUUCUGGGGAUGGGACAGUUGCUUAUGAAGUUACUGUCACCCGUAUGAACUGCCUUCCAAAUCCAGGAGAAGAGAGCAAUGAAGUUUCUUUUGAUAUUCAAAGAGACAUUGGAAGAAUUCUCGAUAAAGUUGGAGAAACUGCUGCAAGCGGAGUUCAAACCAAUCACAUCGAAGCCGAUCAACGUCUUUCUCCAUCUACCGAUGUUCAAUCUGAUUCAUAUGUUUCUCCAACUGAAGCCGACCCACAAGAACCAGUUGAGCAAUUUGUUCAAGUAGGAGAACAAGUUGUUCCAGUAACAUCUGCCGGAUACUAUUAUCCAGUUGCUUCCGGAGUUCCAGCCUGCUUUACUGGAAAUUCAAAGGUUAUGACUCCAGCAGGAGAAAAGUCAAUGGCUGAUUUGAGUGUUGGAGAUAUGGUUAUGACUUAUGAGUAUGGAAAGAUGACAUACACAAGAGUUGCAUCAUGGCUUCAUAGACUCCCAGAUACAAAAGCUGCCUUCAUCAAGCUCACUACUGAGCAAGGAGCUAUUAUCGAUAUGACUCCGCAGCAUUUCAUCUACAAGGCUAACUGCGUUACAGAAGAAAUGGAACUUGUGUAUGCUGAGGAUAUGACCAUUGGGGAUUGUCUGAUGGUGAAGGAAAAUGAAAAACUCGUGAUGACAACUAUCAGUGAAAAAUCAACAUUUUACGAGACUGGAGUGUACGCUCCAAUGACUGAAACUGGAGAUUUAAUUGUUGAUGACGUGUAUGCUUCAUGUCACAAUGUUGUCAAGGCUAACACAUUAUCUCAUACUUUCCUCAACUUCGCCACUUCCGUUCAACAAAAGAUGCGAUCAGUUCUUGGAUCAUUAGAAGAAACUGGGCAUCUUCCAGCCACUUCUGAAUUCUUCUUGAAUAUCAUUGAUGUUCUAUUGCCACAUAAGUACUAGUCAUCUCUUCAAUUUUAAUAACUAAUAAUUAUUUAUAAUAAACCUCCUUGACAUGUCGAUCUUUUCAAUUUUUCUCUCAAAGGAUAAUAAAUGUUUUCAAAAUUUU